UACAGCUGCAGGAAAAUUGAACUCUUUCUCCUAUUUGGCUGUUUUGAUUUUUCUUUUUCAAUCUUUGUGGAGAAGUGGUCUGUGGGGGAUCAUUUGGGAGUUGAUGGGGUAUCAGAGGAGCAUGUGGCGGGUUCUGGCCAGAGGAGGAGGAGGAGGAGGAGGAGAUGUUGCUGUGGUGAGGUGUUCAUGUUCAGAUGAGGAGGUGAGCAUCUCCUUCAGAAGUGUUGUGGACGAUCGGCGGCUCAGACGAGUGUUUGUACGCCGCUGGUUCGGGGGACUAUCACUGUCUCUGAUCUUCAGAUAUUUAGCUAAACCCUCAGAGGACUGGUUCGCUGAGUCCCCCCGCCUGUCUACCGCCUCCAUCAGCAGUGAUGAGCGCGCUCCGUCGGCCACACCCUCCGACUCCUCUGACCUGCCGACGUCUGACCGGCGCCCAGCGAGUCUGAUCUCCACGCUGUCCUCGGGCUCGGGAUCCUCCAGAGACGACAACCUCGUCCCCCCUCCGUCAUCCGCCCAAUCCUCUGAUCCCGACAUCAACCUGGACCUGAGCCCCACUGGGGGCGCCGCAGACGCUGAGGGGAAGACCCCGCAGUCUAACAGGAAGGGGCGGAGCUUCAUUCACAACAGCAAUAACAACAACAAAGAGCGGACAGCAAGUCGAGCCUCCAGCCGCCGGCAGCCGGCGUCACCAUUCAACAGCGGCAGCAUGGCGCCCAACCCCCAGCUAACCUACCUGGACCGUGUCGUCAUGGAGAUCAUUGAGACGGAGAGGAUGUACGUCAGAGACCUGCGCAUGAUCGUAGAGGACUACCUGGCUCACAUCAUUGAUCAGUCUGAUUUAUCGAUCCGACCCGAGCAGGUCUGCUCUCUGUUUGGAAACAUCGAGGACAUCUAUGAGUUCAACAGUGAGCUGCUUCAGGCUCUCGAUAUGUGUGACAACGACCCCGUCGCUGUCGCCAGGUGCUUCGUCAUGAAGAGCGAGUACUUUGAGAUCUACACGCAGUACUGCACCAACUACCCAAAUUCAGUCGCUGCACUGACUGAGUGCAUGAGGAAUAAAUCUCUGGCAAAGUUUUUCCGGGAGCGUCAGGCGUCGCUGAAGCGGUCGCUACCUUUGGGUUCAUACCUGCUCAAACCUGUUCAGAGGAUCCUCAAAUACCACCUGCUGCUCCAGGAGAUAGCGAAGCACUUUGACCCAGAGGAGGAGGGUUAUGAGGUGGUGGAGGAGGCCAUCUACACCAUGACAGGAGUGGCCUGGUACAUCAACGACAUGAAGAGGAAACAUGAGCACGCUGUCAGACUGCAGGAGGUUCAGUCGUUGCUGCUGAACUGGAAAGGUCCUGAUCUCACCACAUAUGGAGAACUGGUUCUUGAAGGAACCUUUAAGGUUCAUCGAGCCAAAAACGAGAGAACGCUCUUCCUGUUCGACCGCAUGCUGCUCAUCACCAAACGCCGCGGAGAACACUAUGUCUACAAGACACACAUCUCUUGCUCCACUCUGAUGCUGAUCGAAAGUGCCAAAGACUCUCUGAGCUUCAGCGUCACGCAUUACAAACACCCCAAACAGCCUCACACUGUCCAGGCAAAGACGGUGGAAGAAAAGAAGCUGUGGGCUCAUCACAUCAAACGCAUCAUUCUGGAAAACCACCAUGCCAUCAUCCCACAGAAGGCUAAAGAGGCCAUCCUGGAAAUGGAUUCCAUCUACCCUUCCAAGUACCGUUACAGUCCAGAGCGUCUGAAGAAAGCUCUGUCCUGCCAGUCUGAUGAGUUUCCACGAGACGCUCGUCAAGGCCGCCGACAGUCAGAGCCAAUCAAGCAAAUGAAGAACUCCAAAGCGACCCUGCAGGAGGCAGAGGGAGACAGCUCUAACAAAGAAAAUGGCCGACUUCGUGAAGAAGACGAGUCAGGUGGAACUGAACCAACACCCGAGCAACCAUGUGCAGAUAAGCUGCCACAGGAGAAGACAUCUGAGCCAACAGAAAACCCUGAACCAGAACUGUCCUCUGAUUUGGAACCUUACAUGAUCUCAGCUUCCCCUAAAAAGUCGGAAGAACUGAAACCUGAAGAAGGUCCAGAGCCCACAGAGGAACCGUGCUCCACCACACCUGAUUCAGAUUCAAAGACGCUGAGCAGCGGGGAAUCCUCCGAGGAGGAGGACGACGAGAAGGAGGCAGCAGAGAAGGUGCUCAAAUCCCCCAGCAUCCUCCCAUCCUCGGUCCUCGACAAAGCCAGUGCCAUCGCUCAGCACUUCACCAACAGCAUCAAGCGAGGCAGCGUGGCCCAGGACGACGCCCGUUCUCUUGGCUGUGCUUCACCUCGGUUACCCAGCAGGACUGGCAGCAGCGUCAGCCUCUGUACCGAACCAGCCGACCGACCUCUGCGGCUCAACAGUAUCUCUUCUGAUUCUGUCGAGACCUUUGGUGUGACAGAUUUGACCAUGUUGUCUCCUCGGGAUGACAGUCUCUUCGACGCUGACAGAUGCAUUCGGCGGAGGCGGGACUCCACCCUGUCCAAGCAGGACCAACUGCUCAUCGGGAAAAUCAAGACUUACUACGAAAAUGCCGAAAACCAGGAUGCAACCUUCAGCCUCCAGCGCAGAGAGAGUCUGACAUACAUCCCGACGGGGCUGGUCAGGAGCUCCGUCAGCCGGUUCAAUAGCAUCCCAAGGGAUGAGACCGUCCAGACAAACCCCUCCACUAGUCUGGACCCUUCCUCUGAGGACUCCAACUCAGCUUUACCCUCAGAUCACAUGGUCUCCAGUGAAUCUCUGGACUUGCUGAAGUCUGAUCGGAGAAGCACCGAUCUAGAAGAUUCUGGAGAGAGCCACAAGUCCAGGUCUCAAAGCAUGCAGGAUAAUCCAUCUGAGGAUGAAGACUUCAGACCUUCAUCUGAAAUGAUCAAGAUCUGGCAGGCGAUGGAGCGAGAGAUCACAAGAUCUCAGAGUGACAAUGGAGGGCGAGACAGAUCCAGAGAAGCUUCAAGAACCUCCAGAGCGACUGGUGUUUCUAACCUGACCAAGGGCUGUGAUCGAGAGAGUGCAGCAUCUGACCUCAGCACCAUCACUGAGGAGUCCACCAGUCCUUCACCCCUCAAGUCUAAAGUCUCAGGGGUAAACCGGACAGGAAGUCUGAAGGACGCCCUGAAGGUGUUCGGGGAAGAGGCUUUCGUCCUCAGGGCUCCGGUCCCUCGGGUCGUCCAGUUGAGGGCAGAGUCAGAGCUGGAAAAGCCGAGUGAGGAUUCAAACCAGCUGGACGACGUGGACAUGGGGACGAGGAAAGUCCUCCAUCUGGCCCGUCAGUACAGCCAGCGAAUCAAAACCUCCAAACCGGUGGUCCGACAGCGAAGUCAGGGUGUCCUGAUCGCCAAGAAGAGCUUAGCUUGUGUAGUGGAGGAGGAGAGUUCAGGUAAACCCAACCUGACUCUUCCUCUGGUUUCUCAUAAGCAGUCAGCCUCUCUGCCGCUGAGCCCCAUAGAUCAGAUCAGAUCUCCGGCACCUGGCCUCUCCUGCAGCUCAGUGGGUGGCUCCAGGGGUGUGUCCCCGAGUCGGGCUCGCUCUCGCAGCCCCCUCAGUCCUCCCCCUCCCAUCGAGGGCUUCAACUGGCCUGAUGUCAGUGAGCUCCGCUCCAAAUACUCCGACCACAGUCAGAAGACUCCAGUCGGUCGCAGUCGCUCCAUCCCAGAGCAGAUGUUGGAUGGCAGUCUAAGGAGGCACUCCAGCUGCUCCUCCAGCCUCCUGCUCGAUGACGGAGCUUCCAGUGAGGGUCCUUCAUACAAGCCACGAGGCAGCCGGGACGCCAGCCGGGAGGAGCACAGCAAACGCCUUCACAGAGCCAAUUCUCUGGACCCUCGACUGAGCGGGGCUCAAAUGUCUGAGCUGCAGAAGCUCCAGGACCAGGUUGCACAUGGCAACUACGAUGGUUACUACAUCGCAGCUGAGGCACCGCUACAGAACGACCCCGAACACAAGAUCAUCGUCAUGGAGAAGCUUCCAGAGCCUCAAGGAACAUCCAAAGAACCUAAAGAAGAAGAUGACGACAGCUACGUCCAGAUCCGUUCACCGACCAGCCGAGAGAAGAUCUCCAUCAUGGCCGUCAUCGACCGUUGCAGGGCCUAUCAGGAGUCCGACGAAUAUAAACUGAGGGAGGAAGCAAAAGCCAAAAGUGAGCCAGCGAAGCCUCAAGAGCUCGAGAAGACUGCAGCAGCCUCUACUGCUCAGGAUGUUCCCCAGAGGUCGAGAUCAAACUCUGGACAGAAGACGGAAACCGCUCAGAAGAGCAUCGUGAAAAAUCUGAGAGAGAAGUUCCAGAGCCUGAGCUGAAUAAACGUUUCCACCAAACAAGACAUGAGGUCACAACUAUAGUAGCCCAAAGACAGAAACACAAGGCUAAGGCCAGGUUGUUUAAAGUAGUGAACUGCUGUCAGAGUUUUACCAGCAAAUAAAUACUCUACAGCAGACGAACAGCUGAUUAUUUCUUCUAAUCAUGAGAAAAAUCUUUUCAAUUGGAGACAUGUCUGAAAAAAAAUCUGUUAUGUCCAAAUUGUUGUGUUUAAAAGUUCAAAAGUGGAGAAAAAUAACAAAACAACCCAAACUGUCACUGUUACGUAAUCUGUGUGUAUAUAAAAUCAUUAUCGUGAUUGCAUUUAGAUGACCAAUGAGCUCUUGUGAUUUUUCAGCAACUUCUUAUGUACAAAAACCACUUUGUUGAUAUUACAUGCUCUUUUCCCAACGUCCUCUCUGGCAUUUUGUAGAUAACGCUCUAGAAUUAUGUAAAUAUCUUUAUGCAGCCGUUAAGUACAGAAUAUUUGUUAAAUUUUGUACGGGAUGUGGCACAUUGCACAGUUUCAGUACUUGGAGGAUGUUUGUUCUUCUCUUCAGUCGCUGUCAGUGAAAACACAGAUUUGAGGGAAUCAUCACUACACUAAAGGAGCAGUCCUCUUGUUCUGUUCGCAGCUGUAAAAGCUUCAGCAGUGACUUUAAUGCCUCCCCUUUUUCGAUUGAAUCACAUCUGUGUGCGAGAGGACUAACCACUAAAUCUGACCUCAUGUCUGCAACCGCCUCACACACCUCCUGGGAUUUAUGUUACAGGAACAGUCUGAUGCGGAAACGGAUCAAGUCUCUCUGAUGUGUUUAGCGUCGCUUAGCACAAAGACUGGAAAGCAGACUGUUAGCACAGCCCUAACCCAAGAGAAAGCCUUCAGACGCUUUAAGUCCAUGUGAUUCUCAUGUCCUAGGUUGUUUAUUGAACUUUGGCAAAACUCUCACGGAUUGAUCGUUUUUCUGCUGUUAGGAUUUUGUCCUUCAGGGCUGCCAGUGGAGUUGUGUCAGUCGCAAGAACUUUGUGUCAGUCAAUUGUCAAGUCUCACGUUCCCCAAGUUGAAACCAGCCAUUUGCAGCCAAUUUGUGCCAAGAGUUGGUGCCAGAGUUCAGUGAUUCUAACACUUGGCAAACAAAACUGAUCUUCUGCGGAUAAAAUACCAAAAUAAAAGCAUAUUGGGGUUGGAGAAGCUCUCGGGGCAUUGAUCGAACUCUCCUAAUGUUUAAACUUAGCUGAAGGUGCGAUCAUGAGAUUGUUAGCUGACAGAACAACAUCAGACUGUUCCUUUUCCCUCAUUUUGCUUUGGUUUUUUGAAAAUCUUCAGUAAACAGAUGAGCGACAUGCAAAAUGACACUGUACAUUUAGACUGCAGCCGGUCAGAUCAGUGUAUGGAGGACCAAACCUGCUUUACUAGGAGAAUGAUAUAUGAAUGCAUGCGAUUUUCCUUUUUAAUGAAAUACUGAAAUUAAUCAUUUAAUGUUAAAAGUGGAGUGACCUAGUAAAUGAAAUUGCUGUGGAAUUAUUUUCUGAUGGUAAAAAAUGAAAUUGUUUAUGAGAUGUUUUACUAUUUUUUUCCACAGACAUACAAGCAAAGCAGUGACCAAAGAGAUUUUACCACUGAUGUAGCAGUUAUGAGUAAUUUAUUUAUUAAGUACUCCUGAAUAUAUUUGUUGAUUUUCGUGCCUUUUUUGUAAUUAGUGUAAAGUUUAUUUGGACAUUUAAUUUGUUCAUUCCAUAAUUUCCUAACAAGCCACGUUUUGUUCUCCGUACACUUUGCUCAGAGGCACUUUGGCACGUUCGAACCUGUGACUUUCGUGUGACCACUGGUCCACCUGCACAUCUCCUGUUCCUCAGUCAGUCAACCACUGUUAACAGUCAGGCUCCCUCCUGUGCUGUACCUGCUAUUUAUUUGACCUGAUGUAAAUAGAAACACAUAUAUUGUCUGUCUUUCUAUAACUGUGGUUAUAUAAAUAUAUAUAUAUGUGUGUGUGUGUGUGUGUUGCACGUACAAACAUGUUUGUAUGUUUUGUUCCACAUUAAAACCACACAUACAAGAACAAA